CACACGCAGUCUCUCAGAGUUAAGAGAACAUAGUUCUCAUUCCUACCAAUAUUCUAUCCACUACUACCACAAGCAUUAAGCAAUUGUAGCAAGGAUGGGUUUCGCUUUUCCUCCUCCAACAUUCUCCAUCGGAACUUUGCUUCUUGCUCUGAGCAUUUUCCUAGUGUUGCCGGAGCUUUCAGCAGGCAUUACUAGGCACUACAAGUUUGAUAUAGUGUUGCAGAACGUGACACGAUUGUGCCACACCAGGAGCACGGUGACGGUGAACGGGCAAUACCCGGGACCUAAGAUUGUGGUAAGAGAAGGUGAUCGAGUUGUGGUGAAGGUGGUCAACCAUAUGCAGAACAAUAUCACCAUCCAUUGGCAUGGCAUCCGGCAGCUUCAGAGUCAGUGGGCCGACGGCCCAGCAUACAUUACCCAAUGCCCCAUCCAGACGGGACGAAGCUAUGUCUACAACUUUACGAUAACAGGGCAGAGAGGCACCCUUUGGUGGCACGCUCACCACUCUUGGCUGAGGGCCACAGUCUAUGGACCCUUCAUCAUCCUGCCAAAGCGUGGCGUCCCUUACCCCUUCCCCAAACCCUACAAAGAAGUUCCUAUUCUAUUGGGUGAAUGGUUUAACGAAGACCCUGAGGCUGUCAUCGCUCAGUCCCUUUGGACCGGUGCGGGCCCAAAUGUCUCCGAAGCUCACACAAUUAAUGGUCUGCCCGGUCCUCUGUACAAUUGCUCCGCCAAAGAUACGUUCAAGCUAAAGGUGAAGCCCGGAAAGACGUACCUUCUCCGGCUGAUCAACGCUGCACUCAACGACGACCUUUUCUUCAGCAUUGCCAACCACUCCAUGACAGUCGUCGAGACCGACGCCAGCUACGUGAAGCCCUUCGUCACGGACACCAUCCUCAUCGGGCCAGGCGAAACCACCACUGUUCUCCUCCGAACCAAGCCCGCCUCCCCAAAUGCCACCUUCUUCAUGGCUGCGAGGCCCUACAAUACCGGUCUCGGCACCAUCGACAACACCACCGUCGCUGGCCUCCUCGAGUACACCUCCACUUCUCCCACCUCCAUGAAAAAGCUCCCACUCCUCAAACCAACCCUCCCAGCUAUCAAUGACACCGCCGCUGCUGCAAACUUUAGCACCAAAUUGCGUAGCCUGGCGACCUUGCAGUUCCCGGCCAAUGUGCCUCAAACCGUGGACCGGCGUUUCUACUUCACCGUCGGGCUCGGCACGAGGCCGUGCCCCAAGAACCAGACAUGUCAAGGGCCCAAUGGGACCAAAUUCGCCGCAUCGGUCAACACCGUCUCGUUUGUUUUCCCAUCUACGGCUCUCCUCCAGGCCCAUUACCUGGGGCAAUCCAACGGGAUCUACACCACCGACUUCCCCAACAACCCUCCAUUCCCAUUCAACUACACUGGGACUCCACCGAACGACACCUUUGUGAUCAACGGGACCAAGGCGGUGGUGCUGCCCUUCAACACAAACGUGGAGCUUGUCAUGCAGGACACCAGCAUCCAAGGUGCGGAGAGCCACCCGUUGCACCUCCAUGGCUACAACUUCUACAUCGUUGGCCAAGGAUUCGGUAACUACGACCCAGUCAAUGACCCAGGCAAGUUCAAUCUUGUGGACCCGGUCGAGAGGAACACAGCAGGAGUGCCGUCCGGCGGAUGGAUUGCCAUCCGAUUCCGGGCUGAUAACCCAGGUGUGUGGCUCAUGCACUGCCACUUCGACGUGCACCUGAGCUGGGGACUGGUGAUGGCGUGGGUCGUCAAUGAUGGGCCACUCCCGGGCCAGAAGCUGCCACCCCCACCGUCCGAUCUUCCAAAGUGCUGACAUCGAUCACUGGAUGUGAAUCUGAUACUUUUGGUCUAUUUUUGGGGUUUUGUUGGGCUUUCUUAAUCUUACUACUUUUGGUUUGCCAAAAAGGCCUUCAUCUGGGUGUGUUAUUUUUGGUGAUUAGGCUAGAGAAAUAACCUGUAAAACGGACGUGGCACCCCUUGCAAGCCAACUUGAUGUUUGUUGUGUUUCUUUAAUUCCUUUUUGGUAUUUUCCAUCAAUAAAGUUCGGUUCGACUUAUGUUGUGCAUAACAUGGAACCGGCGGUUCUUUCAU